UGCGCCUGCGCUGCAUUGGCACCGCCUCCGCUUCCCUCCCUCCAAUCGCCUUUGGCCCCUCCCUGCGCCGCAACGCUCCACCUCCGUUGCCCCUGGCGUCUGUUUGUUGACUUCCGGGAGCACAGUAGUGGUCUAUGCCAAGAGGGUCGAAAUGGGGGCCUGGGGGUCUACCGCGGUACCUUAGGCCCAACCGAGUUGCCCCCAGCUAUCUUUCUGAGGCAGCCGUAGUUCCCUUGAGAGUCUUCAGCAUGGCGGAGUAUGAGUCAUUGGUGCCGGAUACAGGUGCUAUUUUUACAUUUGGAAAAACAAAAUUUGCUGAAAAUAUUCCUAGCAAAUUCUGGUUUAAAAAUGACAUUCCUGUAUGUCUUUCAUGUGGAGAUGAGCAUACUGCUAUCGUUACAGGAAAUAAUAAGCUUUACAUGUUUGGCAGUAACAACUGGGGUCAGUUAGGAUUAGGAUCAAAGUCAACCAUCAGCAAACCAACAUGUAUCAAAGCUCUUAAGCCUGAAAAAGUGAAACUUGCUGCUUGUGGAAGAAACCACACAUUAGUGUCAACAGAUAAAGGCAGCGUAUAUGCAGCUGGAGGAAAUAAUGAAGGACAGUUGGGACUUGGUGACACUGAUGACCGAGACACUUUUCAUCAGAUUACCUUUUUUGCACACAGUGAUCCAAUUAAACAGCUCUCUGCAGGAGCUAAUACUUCAGCUGCACUAACUGAGGAUGGCAAACUUUUUAUGUGGGGUGACAAUUCUGAAGGCCAAAUUGGUUUAAAAAACAAAAGUAAUGUAUGCAUUCCUCAUGAAGUGACCAUUGGGAAGCCAAUCUCAUGGAUCUCCUGUGGCUAUUACCAUUCAGCCUUUGUAACCAUAGAUGGGGAACUAUACACAUUUGGAGAACCCGAGAAUGGAAAGUUGGGCCUUCCCAACCAGCUGCUGAUAAAUCAUAGAUCACCCCAGCAUGUGAUCGCAAUUCCUGAGAAGGUAGUUCAAGUAGCCUGUGGUGGAGGGCACACGGUGGUUCUCACAGAAAAUGUUGUGUAUGCCUUUGGGCUGGGGCAGUUUGGUCAGCUGGGCCUUGGCACUUUCCUUUUUGAAACACCAGAACCCAAAGUCAUUGAUCAUGUUAAGGAUCAGAAAAUAAGCUAUAUUUCUUGUGGAGAAAAUCACACAGCUUUGAUGACAGAUAAAGGCCUUAUGUAUACUUUUGGUGAUGGCCGACAUGGAAAAUUAGGACUUGGAAUGGAGAAUUUUACCAAUCAAUUCUUUCCUACAUUGUGCUCAAAUUUUUUGAAAUUUACAGUUCAAUUGAUUGCUUGUGGCGGAUGUCACAUGCUAGUGUUUGCCACUCCACGACUUGGUGCAAUAGAAGAAGCUGAAUUAGAAGAAAUAUAUGAGCCUUUCUUAAGUACUGUUCCUGUGCCCAUCGGUGAUCUGUCCCUAGGAACUAUACUACAUAGAAACUUAUCAGCAUGUCUUCGACGAAGAGAGCGGGCGAGAUCCUCAUAUUCUUCUUCAAUAGUGGGAACGCUGCCUCCAUUAGAAGGGACUUCUACCUCCAUUGCAGAUUAUUUUGAAGACAAAAUGAACAAAGGGACAGAGACAGAAAAUUCUCCAUCAGUGGAUUCAGAAAACCUUGGAGAAACUACUGAUGUCUUAAAUAUGACACACAUGAUGAGUCUGAAUUCCAAUGAGAAGCCAGUAACAUUUUCACCAAUUCAGAAACAACAACAGAAUCAAGACACAGUUGAGAAACUGAUGGGAAGUCCAGCUUGUACUGAAAAUGAUGAUAGUUAUGAAUAUGAAGAAAUGUCAAAAAUUCAAGAAGGGACAGUAUAUAAGCAACAUUUAACAAAAGGGACGUUCAUGAUCCGACCACCUGAGAUUAUGGGAGCAUUUUCAGAUGAGGAAAUAGGUCAUGACCCAGACCAGGUGGGGCUUCAGGCCGCCACUGAUGAAGAGGGUUCCCAAAUUGAGGGUAUAGAAAAAGAGAGUGAUGAAGAAGAACUAGUUCCAGAGAAGAAAAGUGAGCUGAUGAAUAUGGCAGGUUUGAAAGAGAGCAAAGAAGGGGAAGAGAAUGUAGAAUCUGAUCCAUUUCCUUAUGAUGUGCCGGAGAAAGACAUGAAUUCUGAGACUGAAAAAGAGAAAGACAGUGGUGAGGAAUGGAGUCGUAGAGAGCACAGCUUUAUCGACAGUGAAACAGAAAUGGUAGGAGAACCAGACGGUUAUGUGGAAUGUGAAAGCCAAAGUCAGCAGGACAGGGCUGAGAGAUUCGAGAAGCCCCAGGCAGUAGAACCUAGUACUGAAGAGAAAGAGGAUGAUGACAUGGAAACUGAGCGCUCCUUGUGGUUCUGCAGCAAAUGUGUUGAGCAAAGAAGUAAAAGAAAAGCCAGAGUAUUAAGAUUCUUUAUUAAAUACCAUCUUAAGUAUGGCUACUUGGCAGGGAUACCAGAGGAGGAGGAAGUGACAGAGGAUCCGGAAGGACAUUCAGUAGAUGAGGAGGAAGAUAAGCAAGUGUUACAGACGUAUGAGGGAAAUGUGUCAUUUGAAGGAGAAAGAAAGGAAGAGAAUGCAGAAACACUGUCAGACGUCAUUACAGACAAAGCGGAGGAUCAGGAAUCUUCAGAAUCUGAAAAGACAGAACCAGGAGACAGGGAUGAGCAAAUUAAUGCCCCACAUCUAGUAUAUAUGAAGGAAUCUUUUGAUGAAAGUUUUCCCAAGGAUGACCUUCCUGAAACUCAAGGGUCAGAAACUAUUGAUGAUUACACAGCUGAAGCCAUUAAAGAGGAAAAAAAGACCAAUUUACUGCAACGGACUCUUUGUGAGUACAAUGAAAAUCCAAAAGGACACAUGUUUGAUCGUAAAAAGAGCAGUUCUUCUGAAGUUCUGGGAGUUAGUCAACCAACAACUAAAGAUAUAAAAAAGUCUAAAAAGAUUUCCUUCUUUAAUCGGACGUCAUUGGCAGGUCAGAAAAUGAUGCAGACUACUAAUGAUCCACUCCUAGAGAUAAAGCCAAUAGGCAAUCAAAUAGCCUUACAAAGUGAUAAGAAAGAUGCCAGCCAGAACCACAUGGGUCAAAAUCUUCAAGCUACUUCGCCAACAAAUGUGGAGGGAAAGUCAAAAUACUGUACAAUACUAUAAAUGUAUGUUUAUGUUUUCAUGGUCAUCAAACACAUUUGUUCUUUAUCCUUGAAAAAAAGAUAUGACUUCUGAAGGAAACUUUCUAAUAACACUUUUAAAGAUAUAUUAAUGUUUGUUUUGGUUUACACAGUAUGAACAUUUUUUAUAUUUAUUUAUGCUGAUAUAUUAGAACAACCAUCAGAAUACAUAUAUCUCCAACUCUCCUUGAAGUGUUCUGGCUUUAACUGUUCAGUGUUGGAUAAAACAAUAUAUUUUUGUAUUUAAAAUUUGAAUUUAGAUAUUUCAUAGUUUUGUUAAACAACUAUAUGCCCUUAUAGCCUCUUAAGACAAUGCUCACAGUCUUAUAACACUGUAACAGUUUUUGAAAUAUUUGCAAUUUUAAAAAUGCAAAAUUAUAAUGAACUUAUUUUAAUAAACUAUCUGGUUGGUUCUACUGUAAAAAAAAAACAAUGAGGUACUUGGAGUUAUUCACCGAUCAAGAAAGAGCCACAAAAUCUA